UUCUCAUAAUUAUUAGGUUGUGAAAAGAAAGGUGGGAAAUUGUGGAAGAAAGAAUCAACAUAACCACAACAGAGAGAACUCCAUCUCUGUUUUCAUGUCUCUGUGAAGCUUUGCCUCUUUCUGUUCAUUUCCCUUCUUGCUUCUCUCAAGCACCCAGCAUACAAAUUGCUCUACAAUCAAACCCUUUUUACCUUACAAUUUCUCUUCCACUAAACCAUUUUUUCUUUUUUCCAUUUUUUAUGAUCUUUGAUUUCUCCUUCUUUCAUAAUCUCUGCUCUGUUUUCCCCGUCUUUUACCCACAAUGUUAGUUGCAAAUAGUUUCGAUUUGUGGAAGAAAGAUGGGUUCUUUUCUGCCGCUGAGCAGGUCCAAGAAUCUGCCGAUACGAUGGAGUUUGCAUAUAGGACAUGGAUAAGAGAGAGAAGAGAAGGGCUAAGUCCUGAUGAUUUGGACGAACUCCGUCGAGAGGUUCAAACGGCUCUUGGCACAGCUAAAUGGCAGCUGGAAGAGUUUGAGAAAGCUGUUAGAGUUAGCUAUCGUUCUAGAAGUGAAGAACAUUUGUUGGAAAGACAUAGACUAUUUAUUGCAGCCAUUGGAAAUCAAAUUUCCCAUGUUGAAGCUGCUUUAAGAAAAUCUUACGACAAAGAGGGCAGGCAGCCACUUCGAUGGGUAAAUCUAAAUGAGGAAGAAUGCAAUGAUUUGGCUACAUUCCUCUCUGGUGUAUCGGAAGUACCACAAAGUGCAAAAACUGAAUCAUCUGUGUGUAGGUCUUCAGCAAAAAGUUCUAUAUAUGAGAAUCAUGAACGAGUAGUGGCAGAUAUGAAUCCUACUUCUACCUGUAGUUUGAGUAAUUCCUCUAAAAUGAAGGGGAAUAAAUAUGUUGAUGCUGUAGAUAUAGACUCACCGAAAGUCAAAGAUCUGGAAGUGAAAGAAAGUUUUAGAAGAGUAGAUGAUGCACUAUGCAAAAUGGAUAGAUCAACAAAGGUAAGAAGAGCAAGUCCACCAACUGUUCCUGACCUGCAAAUUGUAAUUGUGGAUGAAAAUCAAGAGAGAAAACAGUCUAUUACAAGUUUAGAAGCUUCAAGAAAAGGAAAAUCGGCAUCAGUUUUCUGGAAACGCGGAUGUGGAAAUUUUUCUCAGUUUUUUGGUAGGGUUCAGCAGCGACAAAUAUACAGACCCUGGCAUCUUCAGCUUACAUGUUCUGUUCAAUUUACUCUUGCUUUGAUGUUGACUAUAUUCUUGAUCGUUCCCAUUGUUUUUUAUUCAGCUUGAAAUUUUGAGUCGAUUGUACACUGUACAGACAACAGUUUCGAUCGUAACAGGCGUUGAACACGCGUUUGAAGAACAAUAACAUAACAUUCAUGUGCUGAGUUCCAUACCACCAUCCAUUCUCAAGAUGGGAAUAAGGUAUGCAUUCAUUAUUGUUGCGGCUGCAAAGUUUGUAAAUGUCUGGUACUUUGGUUAAAGUGUUAAAUAUUACAUAGAACAUCCCCAGUGUAAAUAAAUAUAUUCGAGGUUUAUGUCAUUAUCAUUAUUUCUUUAACCAUAGAUAAUUUUUUUCAUUGAAUUAAUGAAAAAGAGACUAUGCUCAAAGACAGACUCUGUAAAACUGUUAUUGGUGGAACACAAAGAAAAAAACUACGACAGAAAUCCCAAAAGUAAAUAAAUAAAUAAACCCCCAAACGAAUAUGUCUUGCUAUUCUUAGUUUCAUACUUGCCAAAUAAUCAAUAUUUUUGUUGUUUCAAAUACAGAAGAGUAAUAUUACAGUGGAGAGCCUCCUGAGGCAUGUUAUGCCAAUCAAUUUAGUCUCUUUUUUAGAUGAUUUUCCCAUGGAUCUUGUAUCAUUACUGCUUCUUUCAUUUUUGUGUAUUCAUGGGGUUGUAUUUACUACCUCUAAGAAUUAUGAUUUUCCACUGUUCGUUUACGUGAACUUGGGGGUGCCGAGGAGCGACUAUCAUCUAAUUUCUUAACCUAAUGUGGCAUCGGGAUUGGACUACUAUCACAAUCAAAAUGCAGUGACAAUGGAAAAGUUUGAAACUGCUGGAUCGUUGCAAGGAAUAGAAGAAAAUGGUGUGAUGAUAUAAUCAACUUAAAAGGGAGCACAUUUAAGAAGAAAAAUCAGCUUAAUAAGAACGUGAUUGCAGCCAUAACAAGAAUUGAUAUAAUAUGAAGUGAACUACAAUUGAACAAUUGGAUUGAUAUAAUAUGAACAGCAAGUUGCUGAGUUAUAAA